CGGGCUACUUCCCUGAAAAGUUCUUGGAACACGCCACAGUCCAAUGUGAAUACACAACGGCCUGCGAUUACCUACGAUAAUAAUAAUUCCAACACUAUAGCCCCUCCGCGAACGCCGCACCCGUUUGCAUUUAACGACUUGGCUAACAGGGCCGGACACGUGGGCCUCUCAAUUAAAGGGGCCUCGCUACAUUAUUGAACUUUUGCUUGGAAGUACAACGUUAUUCGAGCAAAUGGACGUGGACGGCUGCAUUUUAUCGGCAGGGAGGGCCGUCCUUGACCUGCUGGAGCGGGAGUGGCAGCCUCUGUCCGCCGCCGAGCUCGACCAGCGACUGGACCAGGCCGUGGAGCUCGUGCUCGAAGCGGACCUGAUCCACAAAGUCAAAGAAACCAGUGAACCUCUGCCAAGGAAUGACGCAGCUACUACAGCCACCGGCACCGGGGAGCAAGCGGCAGAAAAGGGGCGGGAGGACGAGGAGGCAGUCAAGUACGUGACUGCUCUCCUGCGGGACUCCCAAUUCCGAAGCCGCGUGGCCGGUCGUGCCCGCCUGUCGUUGUCCCAGACGGUCCCGCUGUGCCUCGCGCUGCUGUCCCACCCUGUCAGCUACCGUGCUUUGUCCCGCUUGUAUCGCCUGGAGAAAGGCAGCAUCCAUCGCAUAUUCUUCUUAUUCUGCCAGAGCGUCAACACACUGCGGGGCGAGCACAUUCGCUGGCCAUUAGGCGAUGAGGCAGAGGCAGUCCUCUUCCCUCUCUCCGGAGUGCUGGGACAGGACAACAAGCGGGCGGGAGAAGGCCAGCGCAUCCCUCGGGUGUUGGGAGUUUUGGGGCACACCCGCAUUCCCAUGCGGCUGCCACCAAGAAAAGACAGCGCCGAACCAGAGGUGAAGAGAACGAAGAAGAAAGAAGAACGCACCGCUUCUUGGCUCCAUCUUGAGUUGGUGUGCGACCGUACGGGGCGCUUCCUCCACUGCCGUGUUGGGAACAGCCGGGACGUGGACCGAGGCGGCGCUCUCAAGCUUGAAUCUCACCCGAUGCCUCCCGACACGGUGCUGCUGGCCCGUGCUGGAUACCCGCUCACCGCUCGCAUUUUGACUCCGUAUCCGGGAGGAGGCGGUACGAGGGAGGAGCGCUUCAAUGCCACGCUGGAGCCGCACUUCGGAAUCCUGGACCGGGCCGUCGCGAGCCUGACGGGACGAUUCCAAAGACUCCGGCUGCUGGAUGUGGGGAAUUCUAGCAGAGCGAGAGCAGUGGUGUUGAGCGCCUGCGUCCUCCACAACAUGCUGAUGGAUGUCGGACACGUGUCUCAUGGAGAAGUCAAAGAGGCGGGAGAUUUUAGUCAUGAGGGAGAAGGCGAGGAGGAUGAGGCGGGUGUACGCCUCCGGGACGCCGUCCUGGAAAUGUUACAUUCUGGGAAUUUGGAGCCGGCACACCCAAAGAUCUUUUGAAUUGCCUAUGAAUGCCACAAGAUGGCAGGAAAGCUCAACUUUUGUCGAAGUGAAGCUAUUCAACUAACUUCAACAUGUUCCUUAGCACCAAGAUGCCACAAGAUGGGGCAAACCAAGACUUUAAUUGGUUUGGCAUGGGCACAAAAACAGCAACUAGGUGAGUUUUCCAACGAUUAAAAAAAUCUUCAAAUAUGUGAAUUUGCGAAUGCCGAACUGGUUGUAUAACCACGGCGAUACUCAAGCAUAUUUGCUCUGUUGUCUCUAGAGGACGCUGUUGCUCCUAAUGGUGAGAUCCCACAGGUCAAAUAAACCAAAAGCAGAUUAAUUAUGCAAUUUGAGAAAUCAAAAAUGUCAGCUUUGAUUUUUUAGAAUUAAUUUUGGAAUCAAAGUGUAAAAAAUAUAUUACAUUAUGUAUUAAAAAAUUAAAUCGCUAUCAUAGAUUUUGGCUUAAUGUUCUUUGUGCCAUUUUGAUACCUUUUAAGGUGUAGCAGCAGUAACAAAGUUUAAAUAUUUUCCUAGCAUUAAUGGGAAAGAUCAGAUUUUUUUUUGUGAGGAUUCUCCGCAUGUGUUUUAGUUUAUAUCAGCUAGCACAAGGUGACAGGAUGUUGUCGGUAUUCAAAUGUGUGGUGCUGUGGGAAGACGAGGCACAUAGAUGCAUUUCCUCGUGCAGAUUUAGAAUUUAGCUGAACAUGUCUGCUGUGUGUGUAUGUCUCAUCUCCGUCCUGUUUUUGUUCUGCACAACGCGGGCGGAAACAGUGGAGAACAACAACGUGAUAUGGAAACAAGUUGGUGGAUCCGUGUCCAUCCAGUGCAGAACUUCUGAACAGGGCCUAACGUACAUGAUUUUGCUCAAAGGCCUCAGGAAGGAGUUCGAAGUUCUCUACAUGACGUCCUCUAAAAACACCAUCGCUGAGGAGUUCCUCGGCAGGCUCCGGGUGGAGGGAGCCUUACCGAAUGUGGACGUGGUCAUUUCAAACUUUACAUCAGAAGACACAGGGCCGUACUGGUGUGCCUACGAGGGGUUUGAUUACCAAACAUCUGAACGAAAGCAGGUAGAGGGCAAUGGCUCGAUGCUCCUGGUGAUUAUAGAUGAGAAGCAGUGUGCCAAACCAAACAAAAGUCUUCUCCUGGUGACUGUUGUGGUUUCGGCUGCCGUGCUGUUUGGAGUCUUCAUCGCCUUCCUCCUGUGGAUCAUACUCAAGAUCAAACAGUGGCACGCCAAAUAUGGGGCAUGGCACGGAGCCACCAGCGAUGUUUACGAGGACAUGCGCGCAACGAUGCGAUCUUAAAGACGUCCUGCAAUUGGGCUACGACAAAAGCACGAGGGCAAGCGUUGCAGCAACCCUGCACGCAUGCCUCUGAAUGAACCAAUCAGAUACAUGAAAAAUAUGCUGACUGUGCUAAGCAAUUUGCUUUAUGUUGUUGUUAUGGUUAUUGUGAAUGCUGUUUAGAAAGUACUGUAUACUAGUAUAUGUGUAACUAUAAUUAUACAUGUCCAUAUAUGCAAGUAUGAGGCAUGUACACUCACCAGACACUUUAUUAGGUACACAAUCGAAUGAGGUCCAAUACACGAGCAGUCAUACAUUCAUCAUCCAUUUUCUGUACGGCUUAUCCUCACACACGUUGAAUUAAUACCCGUCUAAUAGUUUCAAUUAAAACUGAACAUUCAUAUUUUUCUAGAGGCAGAGUUGUGGAUAUAUGUCUUGUAUUAGAUCUCAUCAGAUUAGGCAGAUGUGCUUAAUGUUGUGUCCGGUGACUGUACAUUGCACGUUAUUGUAUAUUGUGGUGUAAUGUCAUUCAGUAUUCAAUGAGAGCAUUUUCAUUGUGUGUGUGUUAAGACUAAAGGACACGCUUGAUUGAAGAAAUAAAAUGCAUUCUUACAGCAAGCAGAUGUCAUAAAAAGGUCAAAUUAAGCUGGUAAUUUAUUCCAAAUGUGACUCAAUUUACAAAUAAUACUGUAAUGUACUUGUGCAAUGUGUGCAAAGUACAGUAUGUGAACAACCUCAAUAACAUUCCAGAUGAUGAACAAUGAUUCAGUACCACCAUAAUUCAAGGCCUGUCAGACGCCUUGCUGCUGUGAUUUAUAACCUUGUAAUUAUGGUGUACAUUUAUGUACAGCCUAAAAAAGGAAAAAAGAAACCUCAGGGGAAUUGUUGUUUCAAAAAAAAAUAAAAAAAUAACGGUCCAAAAUAAUUUGUUCGAUCGAAAAAAUUGUUCUGCUGUACUGUUUCUGCUCUAUUGAAGUUUCCUCUUUAUCUAACCAACAGGGAGAGGAUAACUGUAGUCGUGCAGAUGGAUUGCUUGUAAUAAAGUCAACUUUUUCAAAAA